GGAGGGGAGGAGGAGUGAGGGGGAAGGAAAGAGGGAAGCAGCCGCAAAGAAAAGGAAAGAAAAGACCACCAAAGCGAGGCCAGAGCCGAGGGAGGCGGGGGCUGGGGCUGGGCUGGUAGGGAGGGCGCGUGAAGCCCAGAGUCGCAGCUGCCCCGGAGCGCGCUGAGGUCGCCGCCGCCGCCGCCCCGCCGCUCUGGCCGCUCGGGAUCGCUGAGCCUCCGGGGAGCGGGGGCCAGAUUGGCAAAACCUGUGGACCCCUUCCCAGGGUAAUGUUAUUAAAAUAAUGCCUGAAGAUUGCAAAAGAAAUCACAUUUGUUGAAGUACAGUUAUGUGAAUAUUUUAAAAACAAGUCAGACUUCUGGUUAAGAACUGCUGCUAGAAGAUCCACAACAUGAGCCAAGUCUGAGAGCCAUAGGCCAGAGGAGGAAGAAACCGAGCGGAGAUUGAGCACGUUGGAGAAUUGGGGAUGUGGAGGCUGAAGCCAAUGGGCUUUGUCACCCCUGCAGGGGCCAGGGCUCCCCACUGAGGCUGGACUGAGGGGACCUUAUUUGAUGCAGAUCUGAGCCCACUUUGCUUCCCUGAGAAGUUGCUGGCCUCUGAACAGCCCGGGAUUUAUGGAGACGCCCGUGGGGAGCAGCUUUGAAUACUGCCACGCGCAACAUCGCGCCCGCCGGUGAGGAGGCGCUUGCGCCCGGCUGUCACCAUUCAAGACUCCUGCGAAUGGCUCCCAACGCCCGGCAUCCGCCCGUGGCUGUCCCUGCUGCCUGAGCCCCCUGCUGCUCCCAAGGACUCCCCGUACCCCGAUGGGGUAACGUGACCCAGGACGCCGUCACUGCCCCGAACUUUUCAGUAUCUACAGAGGCCUUCUCUCCCCAGUCGAGUUCAGUUUUACGUUGCUUCUGUUCCUUGGGGUUUUUUUUUUUUAAUUUUUGUUUUUUGUUUUUGGUUGUUUUUUUUUUUUAAGCUUGGAUUCCUCUGUUCUUUUGGUUGCCCACCCCAAGGGUGGAAGAGGGAAGGCUGAAGGAAAGGAGGCUCCUUGAGCGUCUGCCUGCUGCUGGACAGACUGGGCUGUGUACAGCUGUGUCCCACUGCCCAGCCCAGAAGGAAGCUCGGAGAACAGCAGGAUCUAUGGUCUUUGUCCUUGGGGUCCUCCCCUCCCCAUUCUACCCCCUAUAAGUAUUUGGCUUCAAAUUCUGGAGUCUUGACCUGGCCUGGUUGUUCCGUGUAUAGGAGGGCUUUUUUGGGGGUGGGAGGAGGAUUUUUUUUUUUUUGGAAGACUUUUUGGUGAUUUUUUUUUUUCUUUUUAACAGAUUAGGACCCUUGUGACAACCUUAACACGUUCCCAGAAACCGAUAACAUUUGCACAACAUUUGUGUUGGUUUUGAGGGGUGUUGAUUUUUAACUCUUCCUCUCCCCCUCACCCUCCUCACAAAGCACAGGGCUCUCUUUUUCUCAUCUGGGUCUUUUAUUUUAACUUUUUUUUUUUUUGGUGGAAGUAGGGAUCUCACAGGCACCCUGGUCCCUUUUUACCUCUUCCCAUCCUUGAUCACUCCUCUGGCCUUCCCCUCCCUGGCCCCUUUCCUACCUUUCUGCUGCCGCAAGAGGCCACACCAUGGCUCGGAUGAACCGGCCAGCCCCUGUCGAGGUCUGCUACAAGAACAUGCGGUUCCUCAUCACUCACAACCCUACCAAUGCUACCUUGAACACCUUCAUUGAGGAUCUAAAGAAGUAUGGGGCCACCACCGUGGUUCGAGUAUGCGAGGUGACCUAUGACAAGACCCCGCUGGAGAAGGAUGGUAUCACUGUCAUGGACUGGCCUUUUGAUGAUGGAGCUCCCCCGCCUGGCAAGAUUGUGGAAGACUGGCUCAACCUGCUGAAAACCAAAUUUUUUGAAGACCCUGGCAGUUGUGUUGCUGUCCACUGCGUGGCUGGCCUGGGGCGGGCUCCUGUCCUUGUUGCUCUGGCCUUGAUUGAGAGUGGGAUGAAAUAUGAAGAUGCCAUCCAGUUCAUUAGACAGAAGCGAAGGGGUGCCAUCAACAGCAAACAGCUCACGUACCUGGAAAAGUACCGGCCAAAGCAGAGACUCCGAUUCAAGGACCCGCACAACCACAAGAAUAAAUGCUGUAUCAUGUAACCUCGGCAGCCUCUCGCCCGACACACACAUACGCCUGCCCUACACCGACUCCUCUGUCUCUGUCUCUGUCUCGUCUCUAGCUCAUACACUCUCUCACACACACAGCCUGUCCCUCACACGCAGGCUUGGAUGGGUCAGUGGCUGAUGAAGAUUUGG